AUGGAAAAGCGGGCCCAGAUGGAGGAAAAAAGAGGGUUUUACCGGCCAAAAAGAGUAGCACAAAGGAGAAAUAGCAUACAUGACUAUGGCACGCUAAGGAUUGAUCAUCGCCGCCGUCUGACGGAGAGCAGAGAAUCCAGCAACGGGAAAACGGAAAGAGCGGGAAUCUCAUUUGACGAGGCACCAAUGGCCGGGGGAAAAUUGGCAGAGACAGCGCUCGAAAUCAAGGUGACGUUUGGAGCAGUAGCGAGAGAUUCCUUUAGGGAUUCGGAGGUCAAACCGAUGUUUACGGAGACGAUGAACCAAGCGGAGGGCCUAAGGGUUUGGUUGCCGGAGAGAAGAAAGGCUGCUGAUCGGAGGAAGCUUGGGCCGCCAGCAGACUGA